AUGGAGGAGGAGGGGGAGUGGCAGAAAGACCCGGGACACAGCCUGGGGCAGGGCCGCCCCCGCCGUUGCUCUCACUCCCACAACUGGCUUGUUUUGCUCCUGGCACCUCUGAAACCCGCCGACCUGAAUCCCUCCUGCACGGGGACCUUGUCUGUGUCCCCCACUGUCCCAGCCAAGUCCCAGGCUGGCGAGGAGGCCCUCAGUGUAUCCCGGGGCAGAGUCCAGGGCGGCUCAAGGCUCCUCGCACCGGCACUCGCCUGCCGAAGCCUGCUGGACCCUGAGCGCCCUGGGCCGGGCCGGGCGGGCGGAGCCGCCAUGGUCGCAGCCCUGGUCCUGCUCUGGACGGCAGUGCUGGGGGCUGCCUCCCCGAGCCCUCCCCGCCUCCGCUUCUCCUUCCAAGAGCUCCAGGCCCAGCAUGGUCUCCGGACCUUCCGGCUGGCGAGGACCUGCUGCUACGAGGCCCUGCUGGUGGACGAGGAGCGCGGGCGCCUGUUUGUGGGCGCGGAGAACCACGUGGCCUCCCUGAGCCUGGACAACAUCAGCAAGCAUGCCAAGAAGCUGGCCUGGCCAGCGCCUGUGGAAUGGCGCGAGGAGUGCAACUGGGCCGGGAAGGACAUUGGUACCGAGUGCAUGAACUUCGUGAAGCUGCUGCACGCCUACAACCGCUCCCACGUGCUGGCCUGCGGCACCGGGGCCUUCCACCCCACCUGUGCGUUCCUGGAGGUGGGCCACCGGCCCGAGGAGCCCCUGCUCCGCCUGGACCCUCGGAGGCUAGAGGACGGCAAGGGCAAGAGUCCUUACGACCCCAGGCACCGCGCCGCCUCCGUGCUGGUGGGGGAAGAGCUGUAUUCCGGGGUGGCCGCAGACCUCAUGGGCCGGGACUUCACCAUCUUCCGCAGCCUGGGCCAGCGUCCGAGUCUCCGAACUGAGCCCCACGACUCCCGCUGGCUCAAUGAACCCAAGUUCAUUAAGGUCUUCUGGAUUCCGGAGAGCGAGAACCCCGACGAUGACAAGAUCUACUUCUUCUUCCGCGAGUCAGCGGUGGAGGCCUCGCAGGCACUGGGACGCCGGUCCGUGUCCCGCAUUGGCCAGAUCUGCCGGAAUGACGUGGGCGGCCAGCGCAGCCUGGUCAACAAGUGGACCACGUUCCUGAAGGCGCGGCUGGUGUGCUCAGUGCCGGGCAUCGAGGGUGACACACACUUUGACCAGCUCCAGGACGUGUUCCUGCUGCCCUCCAGGGACCGCUGGGCCCCGCUGCUCUAUGCCGUCUUCUCCACUUCCAGCAGCGUCUUCCAGGGCUCGGCCGUAUGCGUGUACAGCAUGAGCGACGUGCGCCGGGCCUUCCUGGGGCCCUUCGCACACAAGGAGGGGCCGACGCACCAGUGGGUGUCCUACCAGGGCCGUGUCCCCUACCCCCGGCCCGGCAUGUGCCCCAGCAAGACUUUUGGUACCUUCAGUUCCACCAAGGACUUUCCUGAUGACGUCAUCCAGUUUGCCCGGAACCACCCGCUCAUGUACAGCUCCAUCCUGCCCCUGGGGGGGCGCCCUCUCUUCCUACAAGUGGGUGCCGGGUACACCUUCACCCAGAUUGCUGCAGACCGAGUAGCAGCUGCCGAUGGCCACUACGACGUCCUCUUCAUUGGCACGGACGCUGGCACGGUGCUGAAGGUGAUCUCGGUCCCCAAGGGCAGCCGGCCCAGCGACGAGGGGCUGCUCCUGGAGGAGCUGCACGUGUUUGAGGACUCUGCCGCUGUCACCAGCAUGCAAAUCUCCUCCAAGAGGCACCAGCUGUACGUGGCCUCUCGGAGCGCAGUGGCCCAGAUCCCGCUGUACCGCUGUGCUGCCCACGGCCGCGCCUGUGCCGAA